AAUACUCAAAGGCCUGACAUUUAAGUCGCCAUUGCCGUGAACACCACAGUAUAGUGACUAUCAGUUGUGGAAAUUCAUAUUUUGUGCACUCUUAAUCUUGUUUUUUGAAGAUUCUAAUUGUCGAAAUAAGAGGUUUCACAAUGAAAAUCUUCGCUGCUCUCGUUGUCAUCGCUUUUGCCAUUGUUGGCACCUCUGCAAAUAAACAUUGCUAUGCGGACGUGGAGAACGCCUGCAAUAACAAUGAUCCCGACGACUCCCUGCGCAACUGCAACGCCCUGUACUCGGGCUUCGAGCACGCGGAGGCGGGCAUGAUGGAGUUCACUGUGAUGCAGAUCCAGUCCUCCUUCGAGUACCUCCUGUUGUCCACCAAGUACAACACGCACGUGAAGAACCGCCCGGGCUUCUCGAAGAAGUUCCGCGAGCUGAGCGACAGGUCGUGGAAUCACGGCAUUGAUCUGAUCAAGCACAUCACGACGCGCGGCGGCAAGAUGGAGUUCCGCACCGUGGAGAAGCCUCGCCUCCUGUUCGAGCACACGCUGGAGCUGGACGAGCUGCAGAGCAUGGCCAUUGUGCUGGAGAAUGAGAAGUUCCUGGCCAAGACCGCCCACCACAUCCACCAGAACGCGUCCCACGCCAAUCACUCCACUCACUACGAUCCCGAGGUGGCGCACUACAUGGAGGAGAAGUUCAUCGAGGACCAGGCGGACACCAUUCGCCAGUUCUCCGGCUACGCCAACGACCUGAAGAACUUCAUGAAGGAGAAGUCGCAGGUCGCGCUGUCCAUCUAUCUCUUCGACGAGUAUUUGCAGAAGCAGUAAAUCCGUGUUAUGCACAAGAGAGUUAAUAAAGAGUUUUUUUUGGGUAAUAUGUAUUCGUUAUAGAUCAAAUGCGAGCCAUAUGUUUUUAUUUGUAUUGAAUAAGGAAACACAGAACGUGAUAAUUCCAUGUAAUAUUUAGAAUGAUUGAAAUAAACCUCAGAAACCAAGACCAGAA